AUGUCGGGCCGGAGCGGGAAGAAGAAAAUGUCCAAGCUGUCCCGUUCGGCCAGGGCCGGUGUCAUCUUCCCCGUGGGGAGGCUGAUGCGUUACCUGAAGAAAGGGACCUUCAAGUACCGGAUCAGCGUGGGUGCUCCCGUCUACAUGGCGGCAGUCAUCGAGUACCUGGCAGCGGAAAUUCUAGAACUGGCUGGGAAUGCUGCAAGGGACAACAAGAAGGCCCGGAUCGCGCCGAGACACAUCCUGCUGGCAGUGGCCAAUGACGAGGAGCUCAAUCAGCUGCUAAAAGGAGUGACCAUUGCCAGUGGAGGUGUCCUGCCCAGAAUUCACCCCGAACUGCUGGCCAAAAAGCGAGGGACCAAAGGCAAGUCGGAAACUAUCCUCUCCCCUCCCCCAGAGAAAAGGGGAAGGAAGGCGGCGUCAGGCAAGAAGGGAGGCAAGAAAUCCAAGGCUGCCAAGCCACGGACGUCCAAAAAGUCCAAACCAAAGGACAGCGACAAAGAAGGAACUUCAAAUUCCACCUCUGAAGAUGGGCCAGGGGAUGGAUUCACCAUUCUGUCUUCUAAGAGCCUUGUUCUAGGGCAGAAGCUGUCCCUGACCCAGAGUGACAUCAGCCAUAUUGGCUCCAUGAGAGUGGAGGGCAUUGUCCACCCAACCACAGCCGAAAUUGACCUCAAGGAAGAUAUAGGGAAGGCCUUGGAAAAGGCCGGCGGCAAAGAGUUCUUGGAAACAGUAAAGGAGCUUCGCAAAUCCCAAGGCCCUUUGGAAGUUGCUGAAGCCGCUGUCAGCCAAUCCAGCGGACUUGCAGCCAAAUUUGUCAUCCACUGUCACAUCCCUCAGUGGGGCUCCGACAAAUGUGAAGAACAGCUUGAAGAGACCAUCAAAAACUGCCUGUCGGCGGCAGAGGACAAGAAACUCAAGUCCGUGGCGUUCCCACCGUUCCCCAGCGGCAGAAACUGCUUCCCCAAACAGACGGCCGCCCAGGUGACCCUCAAAGCCAUCUCGGCCCACUUUGACGACUCGAGCGCGUCCUCGCUGAAGAAUGUCUACUUCCUGCUCUUUGACAGUGAAAGCAUUGGCAUCUACGUGCAGGAGAUGGCCAAGCUCGACACCAAGUAGCCGCCCGCCCGCCCGGCCGCGCUUGCCCUCGGAGCAGGAUCCAAGUCACGGGAGUGGGGCUUUCUUUUUUAAAAGGAGAGAGGAAGGGUGACGGCAGGGGAGUGGAGGGCAGUUGGCAGGGCAGCGGGUCACGGGGGCCGCGGGAGCGGGGCCUGCCCACAGAAGGAGCCCUCUGCCUUUUCUAUUCUCGUUUAAAAGAGCCUCCAUCUGUAAUUAACCAGGUCUCCACGAGGGGUUUCUUUCCAUGUGUUCUCUUCCUGUUGUUUUAGAACUUUUUUAAAAGACAGACUUCGUUUUAGAUUUAUAGCAUUGACUU